UUCCUUCCCUUCCCUCCAGGCCCUCCCCAAAAUCUCCACUUUUGAAAGAGAAAAAUCUUUUAGAGAGAGAAAGCGCGAGGCAUACAACGCCAAGAGAGAGAGACACCACCAAUGGCAAUGCGAAGAAGCUCUCCUUCGCUCUUCUUCCUCCUCCUCUUCGCCGCCUCCAUCGCCCUGCUCGCCGCCACCUCGGAGGCGAUCUCCUCCGCAACCACCGCCGGUGCGGCGGAGCUGGGGUGGAUCCCGGGGCGGACGGCGUGCCAGGGGACGAUCGCGGAGUGCCUCGCCGGCGAGGAGUUCGAGCUCGACUCGGAGAUCAGCCGCCGGAUCCUGGCCACAUCGCGCUACAUCAGCUACGAUGCGCUGAGGCGCGACAGCACCCCUUGCUCUCGCCGCGGCGCCUCCUACUACAACUGCCGCCCUGGCGCCCACGCCAACCCCUACUCUCGUGGAUGCUCCGCCAUUACCCGGUGCCGGCGUUAGGGCUCUCUUCCCCUCCUCCUUCUCGUCGAUCUCUUCUCUCUUUUCCGUUCUUCCCCUCUUUUUUUCCCCUCUGAGUGCCGACUUGGAAAUUGAUACGUUGUUGUUAUUGUUAUUAUACGUGGAAUACUUUUGAUUACAUGUGUUCGAGGCAAAAAGAUGCGAUUUUUUUUAUGGAUAUAGUUGGAGAAAAAUGAUAUUCUCAGGUUAUUGCCGUUGGAUUCA